UGGGGCGGGGGACGGUUGCGGAGGGGCGGUGGCGCGCAGUUUGAAUUCGUGUGAGGGGGCAGAGGGCGGCGCGCCCGCCGUCCCUGGACGCCGCCGGGCGGGGAGGUGGGCAGACCCGCAUGCCGGCCCGCACGCCAUGGCUUUCGACCUGGACAGGCAGCUGCGGCUGAGCAACGCCCGCUUCGCGGCCGCCAUCAACCGCAUCUUGGAGCGGUAUAAUCAUCCUUUUGAAGAUGAUUUACUUAUUUCCAUGGAAACUCUCACUUAUGAUACACCUGAUGGACCGAAACAAUGGGGGGAAGUUUCGACCAAAAGCCUUAAAAAAUGGAGGAAGAAAAUACUUAAGCAUGCUAUCAGAAGUCGAAAGAAUGCAGAAAUAUUAAAGCAACAGAGCAGUGGUUUUGAAGACGAACGUUUGAAAGUGCACCAGGUAUCUCAUAAGAACUAUCCUGUUGAUACAUCUGAUAUAGGUGAAGAAAGCGAUGCUGAUAUAGUUUCAGUUAGAAGAAAACUUGAAGACAUUCACUUCCAGAAUCUGAAUGUUGAUGAUGUGGAAAUGCAAGAGAAGUUAAAAGUUCAGGUGGAUGUGAUAGUACAAGAAGAUGCUAGAAGAAUUCCAAAAUGGAUUACGAUAGCACCUCAAGAAUCAUCGAAAGGUCUUCACUUAGCUUCACCAGUGCAAGAACUGAUUGGCAACCAAGCCACCAUUUGCAGAAAGAAAUCAGGGUUUGGAAAUGAAUAUUCUUCAUCCAGAUCUCUCCAGUUACAUUUGCCUGGUGUUCCUGCUUCACCAAAUACAAUAACUGUACCCAGGCAUCAACCUCUUCCGAAAGUGAAUGAAACUUGCUAUGAUAGUAUCUUGGAAGUAUACCAGUCUGCAGAUGAGGAAUGCUCCUGGAGCAACGUAACACUUGGAGACUUGUAUCCAGGGAUGGUAGAGGCACUAACAAGGCUCAUGAGAAAGCAUUUUCAGAGAAAAGUGUUUGAAUACAUGAUUGGACACUAUAGACACAAAAGAUGGCAUUCUAGAAAACCAAAGCUCAAUGUCACUGUAGAGAAAAUAAAAGGGUUCAGACCGCGUAAAUUGAAGCAAGCCCUGCCUGGCAUAUGCAGCAGUAGUAGCGAAGACAUCCAGAAUCUACAUUUUGGGAAUAAUGCAAAUAAGAACUGUGAUAACAAGUGUUCCUUUAAUAAUUUAAAUGGCCUGAUACAUUAUUCUCACAGGGAUGCAAAUGAAAUGGAAACGGACUGCUCUGAUUCAAAUUUAGAACAUGAUUCAGCAUCUGGUGAAGGCCAAAAUGUUUCUGACCAAACUAUUGUUCCAAAUGUUAUGGCUAGAAUGGGAGAGACAUUUCUAGUUGAAGAUCCAUUACAGACUACUGCCUCACUGAAGAAUUCAAAAUUCAAAGAAAGCGAAAAAUUGACUUACAAAUGUUCUUCAGAUUACCCUUCUAUAACAUCUACUGUCACUUCAGGGUCAGCAGCUCUUCAUCUGGUAAAAGAGAGCAAAACUCACAGAACUGACUUUCCUUUUGAUGAUACUUCAGGACUGUGCUCAUCAAUUUGCAAUUUCAGUAGCAAUGGUAACACUUUUGCACCAAUUAUAAACAAUUCUCUUCGAAGAACAUCAAACACAUUACACAGAAAUCCUGAAAUAAAAAUUCCUGAGAGGGGGAUUUCUCUGCAGCGCAGCCACUCAUUUUCCUCUUUGCCUGUGAAUCUGAGUCCUUCAAAGUCUCAGAAAUAUGAAGAUGCAUUUGAAGAACUCUACCGCAAACUGUGUUCCAAAGAAAUUCAAAAGCCUUUGACACUGACAAAACUGCCUUCAAGCUCACAGAAGCUUGAGGAGAAAGGAGGAUUAAUGAAGAAUAAUUUAAGUGAUUCUGUGAGGUCCAAUGUACAGAAUGACAGAGCAUUUGAGAAGGUUUAUCAGAAAUUGUGUAGUGAUAGUGUUCCAAAACUCCCUGGGCUUCAGAGAGCUUCAAACUUAAUGAAAUAUGAAGUAAUACAGAUGUCUGAAACUGUAAAUGCUCUCGUUAACUCACCUGUUCGAACUUUAUCUGCAAUUCCCAGAGUUAAAAGACUAGCAAAUGUUCAAAAUGAUCUGCUUUCUUCACCUGUAAAGCGACUGAAAAAUAUACCUGAACAUUAUCUUCCUCCAACAGUAUAUCAGCAGAUUUCUCGCAGGAAAACUGUUAAUCUUCAGACAGUUGGCAUGAUUUUUUCAAGCACAUGCAGUGGCAAUAACCCCAGCUGUUAUGGCAGUCACAACUAUGAGAGUCAGGACUCUGGAUUUCACGCUUCUCCAGAUAACACCUUUCUUGUUAGUCCUCAUACUUCUCUGCAAGCAGAGUCUGCAAUUGCAGAUGCCCACUCUGAUAGGCCUAGCACAGCAGAAUUGCACCUUUUGCAGAAGCACACAGAAUGUCGCCAAAGGGUAUCCAGAAAACUAAGCUACACUGAUGGGAAAGACCGAAAUCCUAGCAUUCCCUUGGAGGACUUCCUAAUCAAAACUCACCAAGGAGCACUCAUGGACUGUUACAGAGAAAACAUUGUUUUGUAACUUUUAAAGAUCAAUUAAUUAUGAAUUUAAAUAUUUUAAUUAUGAGAUCGCAAUUCUUAGUAAGCAGGAACAUUAAUAUAUAAUUAGUCCUGAUUUAUACUUCCCCAUAAUAUAAAACAAGCUCCAGGAGCUGCUACUUCCUUUCUGAAAGGCACUUCUUACCCCUCUAGUUUCAUCUGGUAUUUGCAAGGAACCAGGGUUCCUUUUUAUGGCUAAGUUUAUUUCUCUAUUUAAUGGUGUUUAUAAUAAUCAAUUUUGAUCCAUGCUAUCUUUUUAAUCUGCUGGUAAGCUUUGGUAUUUAGUAUAGUAUUAAUAAGGUAUUAAUAAGCUCUGUCUCUGCCUGAAUUCCUACCUGUGCCAGUUUUAUAUAUGUGACAUUACUAAAUGCAUGAAAGAAAACAUCUAAGCAGAUGUGGAUAAUCCAAAUGCAGUAUUAUACAUUAUGAAUUGUGCUAUGCCUGGUGUAUAAUUUUAAUGUUUAAUUUUUGCAAGUAGCUCACCAAACUCGAUUGUUCAAUAAAAUUUUAUACAGUAA